AUGAAGCAGAACAUGGAGCAGGUGAUCAAGGAUGCAAAGGAGCGCGAUGAGGCAGACAUGCGAGCCAGACAAGAUGAGUUGAGAGCUCGCAUGCGAGAGAUCAAGCAACUGCGAGAGAAGAAAGAGCUGGAGAUGCAAAACCUCCGCGAGAAGUCUGACAGCAGCUCCAAGGACUCGGACGACCGGCGCGAGCUGGACGAGAGGGGGAAACGGAAUACCCAUGCUACACUAUGCUACACUACAUGCAUCAAUGAGAAGGCUCCCAUCCUAUUAGUCAUCGAUGGCUUCAAUGCCUCUUGGAAGGCUGCUCAUCCUAGCAGUAAACCGUUGCUGGUGGCAGGCUCUGUCCGGGACCCGCUACAGAUGGUUGCAUCUGCCUAUUGCUAUCAUCAUGAAGGCAAGGAACUAAACAAUGAUCUGAUGCCUGGGCCGGAAUUACUUGUCUUGGGACCUGAGGAGGGUACAGCAUUGACAGCAGAAUACAUGCUUCCUGUCAUGGAAUCGAUGGCCAGUAUCUUUGCUGAGCCUGACAACAACACACUUCGUUUGAAGUAUGAAGAGCUCACAGAGUCCUCGGAGGGCUUUGAUCGAGGAAUGGGACUUUGGCUGUGGCUUGAUCACGACUUUCCAGGUGAUUUGAUUACAAGGGAGCAACGCUCUUUCAUUCUUGAAGCUGGAAAGCAGUUUGACUUACAUCGCAAUCCUGAGAAUGACUACAAUCCGUUCAACGCUGUGAAUACCAACCACACCAGUGACCCUGAGUGUAAAGAGAAAGCCAGUGAAGCCGUGUUGAAGAUGGAGACAUCCCUCUUGGAGAGAUAUCAGGAACUGCAGCAGAGGCUGGGAUAUGCUGACGCAGAGGCACUGCGGCAGCGACUGCUUGGAGAGGCGACCUCAGAAUUGCAAGAACUUCGUAGCGAAUCAGCACAGCAGAAAGAGGUCCUGAGUGCAAUGCUGCGGGAGUCUAGCACUGAAGUGGCUGAGUUGAGGCAGAGUUUGGAGGCUUCCAAGAGUCAAAGCACGGAGGAGGUCCAAGCUUUGAAUGACCAACUGGCAGAGGUUCAAAGCAGCCAAGGUCGACUUCGCAGUGAGCUACGAGCACAACAGGAUCGUAGCAGACGUGCAGAACGUGAUUUGGAGCAAGCACAUGCGGAGUGCAAGGACCUCAUGUCCGUCAUGUCGUGCUGGUUGGCCUGGUGGAAGCAACCUUUUUGGGUGAACCAUGGUAAACCCAUAGGAUUCAAAGAGGCAUUUGACCCUGCUCGGCAAAUGUCCUGUUAUCACAUUCUGCUAUGGUCCUUGUCAUUGGUGCAUUUGGUGUUGGUUGCCGCCACCGAUUCUGCAGAAUGCAUGUCCAUGGUGCAGCGGCAGGCAUCUCCACUGCGAAGAGUAAAACCCUGGGAGGUGUACAACUAUGUGACUGCAAAUUAUCACAAAGCAGGUGUCUUCUUGACAGAACAAUUGCACAAUAAGAUUUUCCAGAUUCUAGGUGCGAAAGAAAGUGACAUGGGUAAAAUUGAGUUUCCUUGCUACGACAUAUGCAGGAAUACUGAAGCUCCUAUCAUUGUAUUCACUGAUGGCUUCAAUGCCUCUUGGAGGGCGCAUCCUGGAUCUAAGCCGAUGCUGGUGGCAGGGUCUGUUCGGGACCCUUUGAAAAUGGUGGCAUCUGCCUAUUGCUAUCAUCACGAGGGCAAGGAGCUUCCAAGUCAACUUAUGCCCACAAGAGCGCUGAUGUCACUUGGACCUGAAGAGGGUACCCAACUGGCAGCCGAGCAUAUGCUUCAGCAAGUAGAAUGGAUGGCCAGCAUUUUUGCAAAGCCACAGAACAGCACACUUCGGCUGGAUUUUGACACGCUGACAGAGUCUUCUAGCGGCUUUGAUCGUGAAGUCAAGCGUCUAAUGCACCAUUACUUUGGCUCUGGAGACCGGUUUCUCACCAUGGAACAGCGGUCGAAGAUUCUGGACGAGGUCAAAGCCUUGGAUGAACAUCGAAAUUAUUCCGCUGACUUAAGUCCCUACAACGGCAAGAGUCACAGUAGCUCUCCAAAAUGCCAAAGGAAGGCUUACUCGGCAGUGGCUCAGAUGGACUCGGGACUUCUGAGAAAAUAUCAAAAGCUGCAAGAGAUGCUCGGAUACCCUGUAUAUUCAAUUUAAUUAGUCUAAGUAUAUUGUGCUUAUAUAAUAGUCUUAUACAAUCUUAUAUAUAUAUAAUAUUUUUUUUUUGUAUGCGUAUAUUUGUCCUGACAUGCAGAAUGAGUGGCAUGAACGAGAUCGACCCUGGAUUGAAAAGCUCUGGCGAUGCCCUGUGCGGAAAAUGUGAGUGUUCCAAGCUACAGUAUGGUCAUUCCAUUGACGUGCCAAGCUCUCUGAUUGAGGUAUAGCCACCAUGUGUAGCGAACGGUUGACGACGCGCCAGGAGCUAUUGAGCAGUGCGGAC